UCGAAUUCUUUUAUAAGAUUCUUUUUAUUUUUUAUAUUAAAAAAGGGUAGAAAAUUAAGCCUUAUUAUUAAUUAUAGGAGACUUAACGAAAUUAUAAAGAAGAAUUAUUAUUUUUUAUUAUUUAUUACUAAGCUUAGAGAUUUAUUUUAUAGAGCUAAUUAA